AUGGCAUCAUUGCCUCCUCCCCCUCCUCCCCCUCCAGGAUGGGAUGCAGCUCCUUCUAUGCCGCUGGCGCCGCCGCCGCCCGGGUACCAGCCGCCAGCCGAUCCGAACGUCGCAAAAUUUGCGCAGAAGAAGAAUGAAUGGCUGCGCACGCAACGCAAUCGAUUCGCCGAGAAGCGAAAAGCAGGAUUCGUCGAGACACAAAAGGCGGAUAUGCCUCCGGAGCACCUGCGAAAGAUCGUGCGAGAUAUUGGCGACGUCUCACAGAAGAAAUUCACCAACGAGAAGCGCAGCUACCUCGGCGCGCUGAAGUUCAUGCCCCAUGCCGUCCUAAAGCUAUUGGAAAACAUGCCGAUGCCUUGGGAGUCGGCUCGAGAAGUCAAGGUUCUCUAUCACAUUAACGGCUGUCUGACUAUGGUUAACGAGACACCACGUGUUAUCGAGCCCGUUUUCCAUGCCCAAUGGGCAACGAUGUGGGUGUCCAUGCGUCGAGAGAAGAGUGAUCGAAGGCACUUCAAGCGUAUGCGUUUUCCCCCAUUCGACGACGAGGAACCGCCUCUUUCGUGGUCGGAAAAUAUUGAAGAUGUUGAGCCUUUGGAGCCUAUUCAGAUGGAACUGGAUGACACCGAAGACGCCGCAGUCUACGAGUGGUUCUACGACCACCGUCCACUCCUCGAUACCCCCCACGUGAACGGUCCGAGCUACAAGAAGUGGAACUUGACUUUGCCUCAGAUGGCCACGCUGCACCGUCUCAGCCACCAGCUCCUGAGUGAUGUCGUGGAUCAAAAUUACUACCACAUGUUCGAUCUAAACAGCUUCUUCACAGCCAAGGCCCUCAACGUCGCUAUUCCCGGUGGACCUCGCUUUGAGCCUCUAUACAAAGACAUUGAUCCCAAUGACGAAGACUUCAGCGAAUUCAAUGCCAUCGACCGCAUCAUUUUCCGUGCCCCGAUUCGAACUGAGUACCGGGUCACAUUCCCUUUCCUGUACAACACCCUACCCCGAAGCGUGAAGGUCGCCUGGUAUUCUCACCCCCAAGUGGUCUAUGUUCGCACUGAGGACCCUAACCUGCCUGCGUUCUAUUUCGACCCUGUCAUCAACCCCAUCUCCUCGCGCUCUGUCGCCCCCAAAAAUAUCACCGUCAGCCACGAAGACGAAAUCUUCGGGCCUGGCAAUAAUGAAGAUGACGAAUUCGAGCUCCCCGCUGAAGUUGAGCCUUUCUUUGAGGACGAGGAACUCUACACAGCCGACACCGCGUCCGCCAUUGCCCUAUGGUGGGCCCCUCACCCAUUCGAUAAGAGAUCAGGGAAAAUGGUUCGUGCGCAGGAUGUCCCACUGGUCAAGCAAUGGUACUUGGAGCACUGCCCACAGGGUCAACCUGUCAAGGUUCGAGUCUCGUACCAGAAAUUGCUCAAGACCUACGUCCUCAAUGAAUUGCACAAGAGCACACCCAAGGCUCAAAGCAAGCAAAACCUCAUGAAGACACUCAAAUCAACCAAGUUCUUCCAGCAAACCACGAUCGAUUGGGUUGAGGCCGGUUUGCAAGUUUGUCGCCAGGGUUUCAAUAUGUUGAACUUGCUCAUUCACCGCAAGAACCUGACUUAUCUCCACCUUGAUUACAACUUCAACCUGAAGCCUGUCAAGACCUUGACCACUAAGGAGCGUAAGAAGUCUCGUUUCGGAAACGCUUUCCACUUGAUGCGCGAAAUUCUUCGUUUGACCAAGCUCAUCGUUGAUGCGCAAGUUCAGUAUCGCCUGGGUAACAUUGACGCCUUCCAGCUCGCCGAUGGUAUCCUAUACGCCUUCAACCACGUUGGUCAGCUGACUGGUAUGUACCGUUACAAGUACAAGCUCAUGCACCAGAUUCGUUCCUGCAAAGAUCUGAAGCAUUUGAUUUAUUACCGAUUCAAUUCUGGCCCCGUUGGCAAAGGCCCUGGAUGUGGUUUCUGGGCGCCCGCUUGGCGAGUUUGGCUCUUCUUCAUGCGUGGUAUCAUCCCUCUGCUUGAGCGUUGGCUUGGAAACUUGCUCUCUCGACAGUUCGAGGGUCGUCACAGCAAGGGUGUUGCCAAGACGGUCACGAAGCAGCGUGUGGAAUCUCAUUUCGAUCUCGAGUUGCGUGCCUCAGUUAUGGCCGAUCUUAUGGACAUGAUGCCCGAAGGUAUCAAGCAGAACAAGGUCAACGUGGUAUUGCAACAUCUUUCAGAAGCCUGGAGAUGUUGGAAGAGUAAUAUUCCAUGGAAGGUCCCCGGUCUGCCCGCGCCAAUUGAGAAUAUCAUCCUUCGUUAUGUGAAGAGCAAGGCCGAUUGGUGGAUUUCUGUGGCUCACUACAACCGGGAGAGAAUCCGUCGUGGUGCCACCGUUGACAAGACGGUCGCAAAGAAGAACCUCGGUCGACUCACCCGUCUCUGGCUCAAGUCCGAGCAAGAGCGCCAGCACAACUAUCUGAAGGACGGUCCUUAUGUGUCUUCCGAAGAAGCUGUCGCAAUUUACACGACGAUGGUUCACUGGUUGGAGUCUCGCAAAUUUUCUCCCAUUCCCUUCCCAAGUGUCUCUUACAAGCAUGACACCAAGAUUUUGAUCCUUGCACUUGAGCGGCUGCGUGAGUCAUACUCCGUCAAGGGAAGACUGAAUCAGACCCAGCGGGAGGAAUUGGCUCUCAUCGAACAGGCCUACGACUCUCCUGGUACUACCUUGGCGAGAAUCAAGCGAUUCCUCCUAACGCAGAGAGCGUUCAAGGAAGUGAAGAUUGACAUGAAUGACAACUACAACAAUAUCAACCCCGUCUAUGACAUUGAGCCUAUCGAGAAGAUCACGGACGCUUACUUGGAUCAAUAUCUCUGGUACCAAGCUGAGCAGCGCCAUCUCUUCCCCGCUUGGAUCAAGCCCUCCGACUCUGAAGUUCCUCCUCUCCUGACCUACAAGUGGACCCAGGGUAUCAACAAUCUGUCCAAUGUGUGGGAGACUUCCGAGGGCGAGACAAAUGUCAUGAUCGAGACUGAACUCUCCAAGGUCUACGAGAAGAUCGAUUUGACUCUGCUGAACCGCUUGCUUCGUUUGAUCAUGGACCACAAUCUGGCGGAUUACAUCACUUCAAAGAACAACGUCCAGCUCAGCUAUAAGGACAUGAACCACACCAAUAGCUAUGGACUUAUCCGUGGUCUCCAGUUCUCGGGCUUCGUAUUCCAGUUUUAUGGUCUGAUGAUCGAUUUGUUGCUUCUUGGGUUGCAGAGAGCCAGUGACAUGGCCGGCCCCCCUGGAAGCCCCAAUGAUUUCUUGCAAUUCAGAGAUCGUGCCACUGAGACGAGACACCCUAUUCGUCUCUACACCCGUUACGUUGACAAGAUUUGGGUUCUCUUCCGAUUCCAGGCUGAUGAAUCGCGCGACUUGAUCCAGCGCUUCUUGACGGAGAACCCUGAUCCGAAUUUUGAGAAUGUCAUUGGCUACAAGAACAAAAAGUGCUGGCCUCGCGAUUGUCGUAUGCGCUUGAUGCGUCACGAUGUCAACCUAGGCCGUGCCGUCUUUUGGGACAUGAAGAACCGCCUUCCGAGAUCUAUCACAACCAUCGACUGGGAUGAUACUUUCGCUAGCGUAUACAGCAAGGACAACCCCAAUUUGCUGUUCUCAAUGAAUGGAUUUGAAGUCCGCAUUCUUCCCAAGAUCCGGAAUAUGAACGAGGAAUUCUCGGUGAAGGACAGUGUUUGGUCUCUCGUCGACAACGCCACAAAGGAGCGCACAGCGCAUGCCUUCCUCCAGGUGACUGAAGAGGAUGUCCAGAAGUUCAACAACCGUAUCCGGCAAAUUCUCAUGUCCUCCGGUUCGACCACGUUCACCAAGAUUGCCAACAAGUGGAACACCGCUUUGAUUGCCCUCUUCACUUACUACCGUGAGGCUGCUGUCUCGACUGUCAACCUUCUUGACACUAUCGUGAAAUGUGAAACGAAGAUUCAAACUCGCGUCAAGAUAGGUCUCAACUCCAAGAUGCCGUCUCGUUUCCCACCGGCGGUCUUCUACACCCCCAAGGAGCUUGGAGGUCUGGGUAUGAUCUCAGGAUCUCACAUCCUCAUUCCCACCAGUGACAAGCGCUGGUCCAAGCAAACAGAUACUGGCAUCACCCAUUUCCGGUCGGGUAUGUCCCACGAUGAGGAGACCCUUAUCCCGAACAUCUUCCGAUACAUCAUUCCCUGGGAGGCCGAGUUCAUUGACUCUCAGCGUGUCUGGAUGGAGUACUCCCAGAAGCGUAUGGAGGCUCAGCAGCAGAAUCGUCGUUUGACUUUGGAGGAUCUGGAGGACAGCUGGGAUCGUGGUCUUCCCCGCAUCAACACCCUCUUCCAGAAGGAUCGAAGCACCCUCAGUUUCGACAAGGGUUUCCGACUUCGCGCUGAGUUCAAGCAAUACCAGUUGAUGAAGAGCAAUCCAUUCUGGUGGACUAGUCAACGCCACGAUGGUAAACUCUGGAACCUGAACGCCUACCGUACCGACGUCAUUCAAGCGCUGGGUGGUGUUGAAACGAUUCUCGAGCACACUCUGUUCAAGGCAACCGCUUUCCCGUCCUGGGAGGGUCUGUUCUGGGAAAAGGCUUGUCUUGCAAAGGGUACCCGACUCCUGCGAUCCGAUGGAACUGAGGUCAACGUUGAGGACGUGCGCGAAGGUGAUCUACUUCUAGGCCCUGACGGCGAGCCUCGUCGUGCCUUCAACACCGUCAGUGGCAGCGAGCGUCUUUACCGCAUCAAGAUUGGCGGCGAGAAAGAAGAUCUUGUGGUGACGCCCAACCAUAUCUUGGUGCUUCAUCGCGAGCAGACCUCCACUUCUGAUCGGCCAAACAAGGUGUUCAAGCAAGCCGUAGAGAUGACCGCCGCGGAUUUCGCCGCCCUUUCCUCCGAGGAAAGAGGUCUGUAUCGUGCCUUUGGCUCUCCCGAGCUUGAGAAGGGUGACGAGCGUUCGGUAUUGCAGACCAACAUCUUCAAGAUUGAAGACAUCGUCCUUGAAUCCGAGGAGACAGAGUGGGCCGGUUUCCGAGUUGACAAAGAUCAGCUUUACCUGCGCCAUGAUUACCUUGUUCUGCACAACAGUGGUUUCGAAGAGAGCAUGAAGUUCAAGAAGCUGACCAACGCUCAGCGAUCCGGUCUGAACCAGAUUCCUAACCGUCGGUUCACUCUCUGGUGGUCGCCAACCAUCAACCGUGCCAAUGUCUAUGUCGGUUUCCAGGUGCAACUGGAUUUGACUGGUAUCUUCUUGCACGGCAAGAUCCCCACAUUGAAGAUUUCCCUAAUUCAGAUCUUCCGUGCCCACUUGUGGCAGAAGAUUCACGAGUCAGUUGUCAUGGAUUUGUGUCAAGUCCUGGAUCAGGAGUUGGAGCAGCUUGGCAUCGAGGCUGUUCAAAAAGAGACCAUUCACCCGCGUAAGUCUUACAAGAUGAACAGCUCUUGUGCAGAUAUUCUUCUCUUCGCAACGAACAAGUGGAACGUCACCCGCCCUUCGCUGGUGUUCGACACCAAGGACGUCUACGAGCCAACUACAACCAACAAGUUCUGGAUCGACGUGCAGCUCAGAUAUGGUGAUUACGAUUCUCACGAUAUCGAGCGUUACGUUCGUGCCAAGUAUCUCGACUACACCACAGACAGCAUGAGUAUCUAUCCUUCGGCUACUGGUUUGAUGAUUGGUGUCGAUCUUGCAUACAACCUCUUCUCAUCGUACGGACAGUACUUCCCUGGCCUCAAGACACUGGUCCAGCAGGCCAUGGCUAAGAUCAUGAAGGCAAACCCGGCUUUGUAUGUCUUGCGUGAGCGUAUUCGCAAGGGUCUCCAGCUGUAUGCCUCUGAGAGCAAUCAGGAGUUCCUCAACUCCCAGAACUACUCGGAGCUCUUCAGCCCGCAAAUUCAGCUCUUCAUCGAUGACACUAACGUCUACCGUGUCACGAUUCACAAGACCUUUGAAGGUAACUUGACUACAAAGCCGAUCAACGGUGCCAUCUUCAUCUUCAACCCUCGGACUGGACAGUUGUUCCUGAAGAUUAUCCACACCAGCGUUUGGGCAGGUCAAAAGCGUCUCGGUCAGUUGGCCAAAUGGAAGACGGCCGAAGAAGUCGCAGCUCUCAUUCGCUCUCUGCCCGUGGAAGAACAACCGAAGCAGCUCAUUGUCACCCGUAAGGGUCUUCUCGAUCCUCUCGAGGUGCACCUGCUCGAUUUCCCCAACAUCUCCAUUCGCGCCUCCGAGCUUCAGCUGCCCUUCCAGGCGGCCAUGAAGGUCGAGAAAUUGGCCGACAUGAUUCUCCGUGCGACUGAGCCCCAGAUGGUACUCUUCAACUUGUAUGAUGAGUGGCUCAAGUCCAUCUCUCCCUACACUGCCUUCUCUCGACUCAUUCUGAUUCUCCGAGCUCUUCACGUCAAUAUUGACAAGGCCAAGAUCAUCCUUCGUCCUGACAAGACCGUCAUCACUCAGGAACAUCACAUCUGGCCUUCUCUCUCCGACGAGGACUGGAUCAAGGUUGAAGUGCAAUUGCGUGAUUUGAUCUUGAACGACUACGGCAAGAAGAACAACGUCAAUGUGCAGAGUUUGACUAGCAGUGAGGUCCGUGAUAUCAUCUUGGGUAUGGAGAUCAGCGCUCCCUCUCUACAGCGCCAGCAGGCGGCAGAGAUCGAAAAGCAGCAGGAAGAGCAGAAGCAGCUUACUGCUGUGACUACGAAGACUCAGAAUGCUCGUGGCGAGGAUAUCAUCGUCACUACUACGUCUCAGUACGAGCAGCAGUCGUUUGCCUCCAAGACGGAGUGGCGUACUCGUGCAAUUGCAACCUCCAAUCUCCGGACUAGAUCCAACAACAUCUAUGUCUCCUCUGAUGACAUUCGGGAAGAGGGCUACACGUACAUCAUGCCCAAGAACAUCCUCAAGCGAUUCAUCACCAUCGCCGAUCUUCGAGUGCAGGUCACCGGUUACAUCUACGGCAGCUCUCCGCCGGACAAUGACCAGGUCAAGGAGGUUCGCACCAUUGUGAUGAUCCCUCAAGUUGGCAACACCCGGGACGUCCAACUGCCGCACCAAUUGCCGCAGCACGACUACCUCUCCAACUUGGAGCCACUUGGUAUCAUCCACACGGUGUCUGGCAACGAGCCGCCGUACAUGUCUGCAGCAGAUGUCACACAUCACGCGCGUCUGAUGAACGCGCAUCCUUCGUGGGAUAAGAGGACCGUGACCAUGACGGUCUCUUUCACCCCUGGCUCGGUUUCUCUUGCCGCGUGGGGUCUUACUCCCUCGGGCUAUAAAUGGGGCGCAGAGAACAAGGAUACAACCUCCGAUCAGCCACAAGGCUUCUCCACCAGCAUGGGUGAGAAAUGUCAGCUGCUCCUCAGUGACAAGAUCCGCGGCUAUUUCCUUGUGCCCGAAGACAACGUUUGGAACUACAGCUUCAUGGGCAGCUCUUUCGGUAGCGUCGAGAAGCGACCCGUCUACGUCAAGAUCGAUACCCCGCUUAAGUUCUACGACGACCAACACCGUCCUUUGCACUUCCAAAACUUUGCCGAGUUGGAAGACAUUUGGGUUGAUCGGGCAGAUAACUUUGCCUAA